CCCAACCUCAUGGUUCGAAUGAAUCACCUGCCCAUCUACAUUUCAUCAACAUCAAAAUAACCACAUUAAUAAUCAAUAAAUCUACAUGCCGGCCACAUGACUCUUUUCUGUAAUUUUUUCAUCUAAAUCAUAUCACCUUCGCAUAUAUAUAACAUCAAAUCAUCAAUACCAAGAAAAGUACAGCACUACAGAGACAGAGGAAGAGAGAGAGAGAUGCCAGAGUACUGUGUAACUGGUGGAACGGGAUUCAUAGCUGCUUAUUUGGUAAAGUCGUUGCUGGAGAAGGGACAUGCUGUAAGGACAACAGUAAGAGACCCAGGAGAUGUUGGGAAAGUAGGGUUUUUGUGGGAGUUCAAUGGAGCCAAAGAGAGACUGAAGGUACUGAAGGCUGAUUUAUUAGUGGACGGAAGCUUUGAUGAGGCUGUACAAGGUGUUGAUGGAGUGUUUCAUACUGCAUCACCCGUGCUGGUUCCAUAUGAUGACAACAUUCAGGCAACUUUAAUUGAUCCUUGUAUAAAGGGCACCUUGAAUGUGAUGAAUUCCUGUGCAAAAUCGACAAGCUUGAAAAGGGUUGUGCUCACAUCUUCCUGCUCUUCUAUUAGAUAUCGCUAUGAUGUCCAGCAAGUUUCUCCUCUCAACGAAUCACACUGGAGCGACCCAGAAUAUUGCAAACGUUAUGAUCUGUGGUAUGCUUAUGCAAAAACUAUCGGAGAAAAGGAGGCAUGGAGGGUAGCCAAUGAAAAUGGGAUUAACCUAGUGGUUGUGAAUCCCUCUUAUGUAGUAGGUCCAUUACUUGCACCACAACCCACCAGUACACUUCUAGCAAUAUUGUCCAUUGUCAAAGGUGUUGUAGGAGAAUACCCAAAUGUAACAGUGGGGUUUGUGCACAUAGAUGAUGUAAUUGCUGCUCACAUUUUGGCGAUGGAGGAAACCAGUGUUUCUGGAAGGCUUAUAUGCUCAAGCUCAGUAGCAAAUUGGUCAGAGAUAAUUGAGAUGUUGAGGACAAAAUAUCCAUCCUACCCGUAUGAAAACAAGUGUAGCAGCAAAGAUGAGACAUAACCCCACCAUAGUAUGGAUACAAGUAAGAUUCAUGAGUUUGGAUUCCCUGCUUUCAAGACAAUCCCUCAAAUGUUUUAUGAGUGCAUCAAGAGCUUUCAAGACAAGGGUUUUCUCUGAAUCUUAAUCUUCUUCUGUUUUGUCAUUGUAUGUGGACUCCUGACAUGCUUAAUUUUUCUUCUCCAUAAAUGUCCCUCAAGUUUGUUACUUUUUCCUUAAAGAAAAAGUUAGUAUUGAACUUGAAAUAGAAAAGCCUAGCAUCUUCUUUUUAGAUAAAUUCAGAGGCAUCCUACGGCAAUUGAGGGGCUUGAUGGGAUUGGGGAUGAUUUGCUGGAAUGCCAAGGAUCUCUUCACCAAGUUCAUUGGAGACUGCAGAAAUUACAGCCUUCAGGGCUAUUCACAACUAAUUAAUAGAAGGCGAUUCACUCACAAAAACUCAUCGCUUCACUUUACCCGAAUACUCACAUGAUAUAAUGAACUAGGUGUAUUGAUAACUCAACAAAUGUUUAAACUCUUUCUACUUCUCUUGGAUUCUUAGAUUUGUACAUCAGAUAGUGCAUGUGCUAGUUAGGGAGGCUCUGAAUAUACCCAAUUGCUAUUUUGGUUUCUCUGGCA